UCCCUCUCAGUUGAUUUGAUUAAUUGAACCAGGUACAUCCAUGCCCAAAAAAGUUUCUUCCGAGUCGCCUCCUGCUGCGCAAGAGGAACCUGCUUCGAAGCAGAAGAAACCUAAAAAGCAAUGUAACGAGAUAGACGAGAUUUUCUCUAAUAAGAAGAGGAAGAAACCUAAACAGGAGGAAGUCGAUAAGCCAAAGGAAGAUGUGAAUCCUAAGUUGAAGAAGUCAAAGAAAGAGAAGAAGGGUAAGGUUGCUAGGACAGAUGGGCUGGUUGAUCCACCUGUAAAAUCGAGAAAGAGAACAGAGGAUGGGCUUACUAUUUACGCCGAGGAAGAGCUUGGGAUUGGGAGGGCAGAUGCUGGAGGUACCCCUCUUUGUCCUUUUGAUUGUUCUUGUUGCUUCUGAACAAUUCUGUGAAUUAAUUUCCCCCAUUUCAGGGGUUGGAUCUGAGUCGAGAUAGAUAAGCUUUCUUGCAUUUUUGGAUGUAUUCUAGAUUUUGGUUACUUUAAUACCUUUAAUUUUGAUACUCUUAAUCUUAUUUCAAUUUGGACACCCAAUUAACAGAAAAAAAUAGACAGCAAUUAUCAUUAUCUAUU